GCAGCGCUGACAGAAAGCUGCGGGAGGAGGAGGCGGUGUGAGGGGGAUGGGUCGCUGAAAGAUAAAACCAGAGGUGGAGACGGUUCGAUAUUGUGGUGACAGCAAGUGAGGAUGACGAUGCCGCAUGUAGGGGCAGUAUUUUCAGCAAUGGCAGGGAUGAUGGCCAUCCUUUUGCACUCCUCUAUUCACAAGAUAGAGGAAGGACACCUUGCUGUUUACUACAGAGGUGGCGCAUUGCUGACCUCUCCCAAUGGCCCAGGAUAUCACAUUAUGCUGCCUUUCAUCACCACAUACAGAUCAGUGCAGACUACGCUUCAGACCGAUGAGAUCAAGAAUGUGCCUUGUGGAACAAGUGGCGGCGUGAUGAUUUAUUUUGACAGGAUAGAAGUGGUUAACAUGUUGGUCCCUACAGCAGUGGUGGAUAUUGUUAGGAACUACACAGCCGAUUAUGACAAAACUCUAAUUUUUAACAAGAUUCACCAUGAACUGAACCAGUUCUGCAGCGUGCACACUCUGCAGGAGGUCUACAUUGAGUUGUUUGAUAUUAUAGAUGAGAAUCUGAAGACUGCAUUACAGAAAGAUCUUAAUGCGAUGGCACCUGGACUAACAAUUCAGGCAGUCCGUGUUACCAAGCCAAAGAUCCCAGAAUCUAUCAGGAGAAACUUUGAACUCAUGGAGGCUGAAAAGACCCGCCUGUUAAUAACAGCACAGACUCAGAAAGUGGUAGAAAAAGAAGCAGAGACCGAAAGGAAGAAAGCCAUUAUUGAGGCUCAAAAGGUUGCUCAAGUAGCAGAGAUCCAGUACAAGCAGAAAGUCAUGGAGAAAGAGACGGAGAAGAAGAUUUCUGAAAUAGAAGACGCUGCUUUCCUGGCAAGGGAGAAGGCGAAGGCUGAUGCAGAAUACUACACUGCUGCCAAAUCUGCAGAAGCAAACAGGCUGAAAUUGACACCGGAAUACCUGGAGCUCAUGAAGUACCAGGCCAUAGCGGCCAACAGUAAGAUCUACUUUGGCCAGGACAUUCCUAACAUGUUUGUGGAGGGGACGAACGGCGCCACUAAACCCGUGCCCUCGCCUAUUUUACACAACGCUGAACCAGAACUGCCUAAAGCCAAGUAAAAGUCCCAGUGAGUCCACAGCUGAGCCUCUGCACAGGGCAGGACGACCUGAUGCAAAGCGGUCUUGUCACUGAACAUGUGUUGCUUUGCCGCUAGUUUGGUGAACAGCACACUUCAGUCUUAAAUCUACAUGGCAAAGAGACAGAAAGCGAAAAGUAAAAGUUUGGGAUACAGUGUGAGUCUUACUAGGAAAGAGAACGAUGCCGUCUUUAUGUCUGGGAAGGUGACAGAAAGUACUUACACCUGCUUUUUUUUUUCCUAUUUUAAUUUUUUUUUUUUUUUUUUUAAUCAGUGCAGCGUUUAACUUUGCUUUUGGAGCCAUUUUCAUUACAUAUGUGCAGCAGCUGUGAUUUGUGAUCGCCAUGAGUUACUGGUUUUCCAACCUCUGGUUUAGCUACAUUGAAACUUAACUGGUGACACUAAUUAAGUAGAUGGAGACGGUUUCUAAGUAAUUAAAAUCAUCUGUGCCAUUUGUUUUCUUUUAACAAGUUAGUGGUUGGCUGUGCUCUCUUAAUCCACGCCUGAGAACCAAUUGAUUAACGCCUCAUGUCCCAUGCUGCUCAUGGUGAAGUUUUGACACUUAGUCUGGUUGAAUGCAGAUGUUUCAACAUUAAAGAUACAAUAAAAAUAAUCCCAGCUGUUAAUCUUCCUUUGACUCAGAGAUCUUGAAGCUUUGUGGAGGAGAGUAGUGGAUAGAUCAGAUUGUUGGCUGUUUGCUUUAUUUUUAUGGAUGAUUUUUUUUGUAAUCUGUUGGUUUGCUGACUUUCUGUGACACUUACUGUGAAGGAAAAGGGACAUAACUCAUAUUUUUUGUCUUAUGAAACUAAAUUAAGAUGCUUAACAGGGAGUAAAUCAGUAGAGGUGUGGGAAUUUGUUUUGUCAGGAUGUCGGCAUGCUUGUUUGGUUUUGAUUAACAGGGCUAUGCAUGUUUUAUUUUCUUUUGUUGUUUUUUUAAUUCAGAUAAAUAGAACCCAUGAUUUUCUCCUUAUACAGCUUGUUCAGAUAUAAUUAAAUGUAAAUUCUCAGGACGUUUUA